CUCCUCUAACUGAAACACCGCUCGUGUGGUGUUCAUCACCUGAGCAGGCUGUGAAGGGAAACGGGAAAGGCCACUUUGAAGCCAGCAGGCCGGUUUCAUUGCUUUUUGUUGUUGUUUUGGGGAACUAACCGAUGGAGGCGCAGCAGGCCCAAACCAGAACAAAACAGUCCUGCACAGCGGUCUCCUCUCUGCCACCGGCAGGUGACACGCGGCAUGUUUGGUGCUAACCGGAAGAAGUUUAUGGAGGGAGGGCUAGAGAGCGACUACGCGGACGACUCCAGCCUCUACUACACCCAACAGUCCAUGUUCCCUCCACACCGCGCUGACAAAGACAUGCUGGCGUCGUCUUCUGCUUCCUCGACGGGUCAGCUGUCGCAGCUAGGAGCCAGCUUAUAUGGCCCGCAGAUUCGGAUUUCUCCCGUUGACAUCACCACAGCGACACUAGACGGAUGUAUCAUACAUGAUCAGGCUGUACCGUGCUUUGAUUAUAUUCCACACAGUGCGUUGGGGUUUCCCAUGCGGGGUUUGAACAGCAGCGCAGCAUCUCAGUUAAGUCGAAGUGGGUUGAACCAAUCUGGCAGCCAGCUCCCCAGUCACGCCAGUAAUACCAACUCUGGCACAAUGCACACGCCUCCCUCGCCGAGCAGGGGUAUUUUGCCAAUGAGCAGCCGGAGCGUGAUGAACCACAACCAGCAGGUGGGGGGUCCGACGGGGCAGUCGGUGGGGAUGGUAGGCGUAGGAGGAGAGAGGGGAGGUGCUGGCGGUGUGGGAGCAGGGAGGAGCGGCAGCAUGGGGAGUCCCAGCCGGUCGUCACCAAGCAUCAUCGGCAUGCCCAAACAGCAGCAAGCACGCCAGCCUUUUACUAUUAACAGUAUGUCAGGGUUCGGGGUGAACCGGAAUCCAGGCUUCAACAUGAACAACUCCCUAUCCAAUAACAUCUUCAAUGGCACAGACGGCAGUGAGAAUGUGACGGGGUUGGACCUGUCAGAUUUCCCAGCGUUAGCAGACAGAAGUCGGAGGGACGGAAGCUCGAAUCCUACCCCACUGCUCAACCCGCUGGCCGGUCGGGCUCCUUACGUUGGAAUGGUAACCAAGCCGUCCAGUGAACAGUCGCAGGACUUCUCCAUCCAUAACGAAGAUUUCCCAGCUCUCCCUGGGCCAAACUACCAAACAAAAGACCCCACCAGCACCAGCGAAGACAGCAAAACGAAUCUGAACUCAUCAGGAAAGUCUAACUCUAACUCAGAUGGUCCAAAGUUCCCCGGCGAUAAGAGCUCUGCACCUAGCAACAACAACCAGCAGAAGAAAGGGAUUCAAGUUCUUCCUGACGGGCGUGUGACCAACAUCCCCGUCGGUAUGGUAACUGACCAGUUUGGGAUGAUCGGCUUGUUGACGUUCAUCCGGGCAGCAGAGACGGACCCCGGCAUGGUCCACCUGGCUCUGGGCUCCGACCUCACCACGCUCGGCCUCAACCUCAACUCACCUGAGAAUCUCUACCCUAAGUUUGCGUCUCCCUGGGCGUCGGCUCCGUGCCGACCGCAGGACAUAGACUUCCACGUCCCCUCAGAGUAUUUAACCAAUAUCCACAUAAGGGACAAGUUAGCAGCUAUCAAGUUGUCUCGGUAUGGUGAAGAUCUGCUGUUUUAUCUCUACUACAUGAAUGGAGGAGACCUGCUACAACUACUGGCUGCAGUAGAACUGUUUAACAGGGACUGGAGGUACCAUAAAGAGGAGCGGGUUUGGAUCACCCGGGCCCCGGGUAUGGAGCCCACGCUGAAGACCAACGCCUACGAGAGAGGGACCUACUACUUCUUCGACUGCCUCAACUGGAGGAAGGUGGCCAAGGAGUUUCAUCUGGAAUAUGACAAACUAGAAGAGCGACCUCACGUUCCCUCCGCAUUCAACUACAAUCCUGCCCAGCAGGCCGUCUGAUUGGCUCUACCUCCUCCUGCCUGCCUGCCAUUGGCCCUCCUGGCUCAUCAGUCAUCACCCCCUCUAGGUUUUUCCACCUCCACACAUUCAAAGUGAAUCUGGCCAAUAAGUAAACGGGACGGGGAGAGGACGUCCUGCUUCCUGUUCUCCAAAACACUUUUCUGAACAGACUUUUAAGAUUUUAACUUUUAAGAUUUUUUUUCUUUACCUCAUUUUCUUUUCUUUUUUUCUUUUUUUAUUUCCCACCCCCUCCUCCAUGCGUUUUGUUUGGUUGGUCUGUUAUGUGGAGCACAGACUUAAUGUCAACAGACAAAGUCACAACACAUACACACGACACAAGCACUGUAAAUAACUGCCCAUCUGAUCGAGUGAUUCGUGUUUCUAUUCAGUCCUAAGAAUUGACUAUUUUUGUCUAGAGAAGCUUUUAAGAAGAACCAGAUUUUAACAGGAUGGAUAAUUAUUUCACAUACUGUGUCACACCUCUCUGAGCGUUUGGCAGGAACUGAGAGUAUUUAUCAUUUCUCUUUGUUUUUACCAGGUUUUCCCAGCAUUACAAAUCAGAACACGCAUAAACAACACACAUCAGCAUCAGACAGUGGGGAGUCAGGAGAGGAAAUGCAAUGUACAUUGUAGCACUAUUUCAUAAUAAAAGAGGAAAAAAUAUCUUCUUUUGGUUUGUUGAUGUUAUGUGGCGACACCUGAAGCAGCAGAGGGAUGUAAGCAGAUUUUUAGAAAUGAAUGAGGUGAAGUUUAGCAGCUGGACAGAAACACAUAAUAGCUCAGAAAAGUGACCUAGAGUGGGAUGUGUUUGCCAUUUAAAUUCAUUUUUAUUGUCUUCCCACCCGGCAGUUCACUUCCUCUUAAAGGAAAUAUCUGGCUAUUUUCUGUUAUGUUUCUUACAGUCAGUAAAUCCCAUGUGCAGAUCUCUCAACACUUUUUCUGUAGUUUUUAGCAAACAGGAGGAAAUUAGCCCUUUUGGCUUUAUGACCUCUUAAAAUGAAGCGGCACCCACACACCGCCCCUCCUCGCAGGUUUUGGCCUCAGUGUGGACGCGAGCUGUGAGCAGUUUUUUAGAGGAAGAGUUGAAAGUAUCAUCUGUUACCAAGACAAAAAUCUACAUAAUCUUGUGUUUUUCUUUUGUCAUCACCGUUAAAAGAUUAUCCCAUCUUAUCUAUUCAUUGCAACAAAUGAUGUUUAUUAUUCAUUAAUCACUUAAUUUAUCAUUUGGUUUAAGAAAAUUGCAUUAUAAAACAUCUGUGUACCAUAAAAAUAUUUUAAAUCUGUUUUUUAAAGAUAAAAUUACAACAUAAUGUUGCUUUAAGAAAAUAAGACCACAAGGACUGAAGAAUUUGGGACCCCUCAGGGGGUUAUUGCGUGGGACUGAGUUCAUGGUGAUGAAGGAACAUGUCAGGCAGUGAGGCUCACUGGUGAAUUUUAAUAUUUUUUGGGCAGUAAUGGAGCUCUUUGAGAGAGAGAGACAUCGCACUGUGAGACACACAGGACUCGUUAGGAGAUAUGUUCACUGUUAGUUUGAGUCUGAACAUGGGAUUUAACGACGACUAAUGAAGAAUAAAAACGCCAAAAACUAAAUUAAACGGCACAACAAAGCAUUAACAUGAUAGCCACAGAAGAUAAAUUAUGCCACAGUUUGAUGGAUGAAAGUAACAGACUCUUCCACAUCGACACAGCUCUUCCUCAGUUAUCCCCAUAUUAUUUUUCAUAUUUGUUUUGUGUUUCCAACAUUACUGCUCUGUCUCUCUGCUAGUCUCUCCCCGUUCCCACACUUACUCCCAAAUAUUUAAUUACUUUUUUCUUUUUCAUAAGUUCUUCUCCUUCCUCCGGCAUUUAGUCUUAUUUUCUGCCCGGCAACAGUCAAACCAAUCAGACUGAUGGAGUGACCUCUCUUUGGAUCAUGAAGGGAAAAAGAUUUUGAGAAUUACACUUAUUCGCUUUCUUGCUGAGAGUCUUUACGGUAAAUGUGAAGCCAGGAGACCGUUAGCUUAGUUUAGCAUGAAGACGAUUGGUCAUUCGUACACUUUUUUUGUACAAACAAAUGACAUAAACAGCAACUUGUUAAUUAGCCUAAAAGUUGCUGGUAGGUGGAUUUUGUUACUUUUGGAUGGAGCCAAGCUAACUGUUUCCCCUUGUUUUCAGCCUUUAUGCUAAGCUUACUUAGCUUGUAUUAGCUUCAUAUUCAUCGUUAUCUAACUCUCAGCAGGAAUGGGAAUCAGCGUAUUUCUAAAAAUGUGUAACCUUUCCUCUCAAGGUCAUUGCCACUCCAGCAAAAAGCAAAAAUGACCAUAUAUUUAAGCAAAAAAAGUGUCACCAAUUUUUGCUUAAAUAUCAUAAAAUUAUUUUCUUUUCAUUACGUUAUUUUUAAAUUUCCUCCAGGAGGCACCAAUGUACAGUUAUGUAUAUAUAUAUUUAAAUACAUAUACGUACAAACAAGGCAGUAUUUUUAAGAAAAUGGGGAAAACAAAAAAGAGAAACUUGUCUUAAACGAGGAGACCCUCCCUCUGCUGGCCGCCAGUAAACGAUGCAAUACUAGACUUUCUGUGGUAACGGUUUACAGGGGACCACGCCGACUCCGCCCGACACGACCACCUUUUAGCAGCAACAAAGCGGGGCGCGACGUGACAAGCGGCGACAUCGGUUGCAACGACCACAGGGCCCAGCUCGUUCACACUGCAGCAGCAAAGCCAAGGACACGCCUGCAGACCCAUGUGACCUGUUUGAGAAGAUUUGAUUGGAGGAUGAGGACUGAGGCACUUGGCCGUUGGCUGUUUUAUUAAAUAUGGCAGCUAGUGUUUUAAUAGGAAAAAGAAUAAAAUAAAUAUUCUGGUAAUGAAACUGAA